CAGGAUCGUUACCACGGUUUUAACUAUUCAUCGUUCACGAAGUUCGGUUCGGCGUCGGCCACCGAGAUGACCGGCAAGAAUUUCGAUAAGUGGCUGAAAGAUGCCGGUGUCCUGGAUUCGAAGAACAUCACCACCACAAUGACUGGAAUCGCAUUCAGUAAAGUGGCGGGGUAUGCAAAGAAGAAAACGAAUUUUGAAGAGACGAAAAAAGUCAUCGUAGGAGUGGCUGAAGAUCGUGCGCGGCAGAGCAAGAAGACGGUUCAGGAGGAAUUGGACGCAAUUACGGAAAAGCUAGCACGAUUGGAUGCGCCGACUCUAAACAGUGCGGCGAAAGCGGACGCAAACGGCGUAUACCAGCGCCUGACCGAUCACACCAAAUACACCGGAGCGCAUAAAGAACGAUUUGAUGCUGACGGCAAAGGUCAGAAAUACUUUUUUAAAUGCAUAACUUUUUAUUUAAAUGAUAAAAAGGGAUAG